UAUCGUUAUCGACCUAUCGAACAUUGUUAUUUAUUUACGUUUCUUUUCUGCAGCAGCAACAAUGGGUGGCCCAGAAUUACCAACAGAUCCUGGAGAGGAGCAUGAUUUCCAAGCGCCGGCAAUCGAGCAUCCCCAUGUUGGAGAACAAAGCGAUGACAGUGCCGAGUCGGAUGCCUAUGACGGUUACCAGCCGCUUGCCACAGACGCUGAGGAGGCGGGCGCAGUUAACAAUGACAUAGUCACAGCUGCAGAGUCGAAUGGUCGGGAGGAAGCCGAUGAGGACAUCGAUUUGAUGACAGCUGAAGUGACACACGGCGAUCCGAAUAUGCCAACAAUCGAAAGCAUCGAUGCGGAAAUUGAACGCCAAGUGUGGAACGAACCACGGCCGCAGGAGCUGCAAAUGGAGCUGGAUAAAACGCGCACGGAGCAGAUACUCAAGGCCAUGUCGAAAAUAACAUUGCCCAAUGUGACGGUGCCCGACUGGGCCAAGGGUGUGCCCGAGGAGCGCUGGAAGCAUGAGCUGCUGGAGCGCAUACAAACACGCAAAGCGGCGCCGUCAACCGUGGAAGCUGCUGGACAGCUGCCCAAGCCGUCAGUUGAUUAAUACGCGUAUAUC